AUGGGGGAAGAUGUCCCUGCCCGUGGGGAGCAGGGACUGAAAAAGCGCACCAGGAAGGCCUUUGGCAUACGCAAGAAAGAAAAGGACACUGAUUCCACGGGGUCACCAGACAGGGAUGGCAUCCAGCCCAGCCCUCAUCCCAAUGAUCCAACUUCCAAUAGCAAACCCGAGGGCACGCGGGAAGGAGGAAAUAAAAACGGGAAGAAAACCAACGGAGCCCCAAAUGGAUUUUAUGCAGAGAUCGACUGGGACAGAUACAACUCACCUGAGCUCGAUGAGGAGGGAUACAGCAUCCGACCCGAGGAACCAGGAUCUACCAAAGGAAAGCACUUCUACUCCUCCAGCGAGUCGGAGGAGGAGGAGGAGGCGCACAAGAAAUUCAACAUCAAGAUCAAGCCCCUGCAGGCCAAGGACGUCCUGCGCAGCGCGGCCACCGUGGACGAGCUCAAGGCCUCCAUAGGCAACAUUGCACUUUCUCCAUCCCCUGUGAGGAAAAGUCCGCGGCGCAGCCCGGGGACGAUUAAAAGGAAUUUAUCCAGUGAGGAGAUCACGCGGCCCCGGCGCUCCACGCCCACGCCAGACCCCGCCAGCAAGAAACCCGCGGAGGAUCCGGCGGCGCUGGCCCCGCUCUUCGGGCCCCCGCUGGAGUCAGCCUUCGAGGAGCACAAGCUGGAGGCUCCUCUGGACCAGCCUGAGAUAUGGGGGUCAGUCCAGCCCAUCAACACAAACGUAGAGUCCCCAAAACUUCCAAGACCUUUUCCAACUGGAACCCCUCCGCCGCUCCCCCCGAAGAACAUCCCGGCCACGCCGCCGCGCACCGGCUCCCCCCUGCCCCCGGCCAUCGGAGGGGACCAGGCAGCAGCAGAGCCCAAACGGGACAAACUCCCGUCCAUCAAUGACUUGGACAGCAUUUUUGGCCCCGUGCCGUCCCCCAAAUCUGCUGCUGCCACCGCGGAAGACAAGUGGGUCAAUUUUUCCGACCAAUCCCCGGAAAACGCGCCUCCGGAGUUGUCGCCCCGGGAGAAAGCGGCGUCGCCACCGGCGGCCGCGGGCAGCCCGGCCAGCGCUCCGGCCGAGCCUCCCCGCCCGCUGCCCUCGCCGCUGCAGCUGGAAGACGCUCCCAAGAAGCUUCCCGAGCAGCCCCACCUUAAGGAUGAUUCCGCCGAGCCCGUCGCCUCUCCCAAAGAUUUUGGGCCGGGCCAAAGGGGCACCCCGCCGCCCCCUCCGCCGCCCACCUACCGCGCCGUGGUCUCGUCCCCCGGACCGGGCACGGGAAGCACCAGCGGUUCCUCGUCCCCGGCUCGCCCCGGAACGCCGCUGGCCACGUGUGGCACCCCCCCGCCGCCGCCGCCCCGGCCCCCGUCCCGGCCCAAGCUGCCCCCGGGCAAGCCCCCCGUCAGCGAUGUGUCCAGGCCUUUUAGCCCUCCCAUCCACUCCUCCAGCCCUCCUCCGAUAGCACCUUUAGCCCGUGCUGAAAGUACUUCUUCCAUAUCUUCCACCAAUUCCCUGAGUGCAGCCACCACUCCCACCGUUGAGAAUGAACAGCCUUCCCUCGUUUGGUUUGACAGAGGAAAGUUUUAUUUGACUUUCGAAGGCUCGUCACGGGGCCCCAGCCCCCUGACCAUGGGGGCACAGGACACCCUGCCCGUGGCCGCCGCCUUCACCGAAACCGUCAACGCGUACUUCAAAGGGGCUGACCCCAACAAGUGCAUCGUGAAGAUCACGGGGGAGAUGGUGCUGUCCUUCCCGGCGGGCAUCACCCGACACUUUGCCAACAACCCCGCCCCAGCCGUGCUCACCUUCCGCGUGCUCAACUUCAACAGGCUGGAGCACGUCCUGCCAAACCCCCAGCUCCUCUGCUGUGACAACGUGCAGAGUGACUCCAACUCCAAGGAGUUCUGGGUCAACAUGCCAAAUCUGAUGACUCACCUAAAGAAGGUAUCGGAACAGAAACCUCAAGCCACCUAUUACAAUGUGGAUAUGCUCAAAUACCAGGUGUCUGCCCAGGGUAUUCAGUCUACUCCAUUAAACCUUGCAGUGAGCUGGCGGUGUGACCCUGCAAGCACUGACCUGCGCAUCGACUACAAAUACAAUACAGAGGCAAUGACCACGCCUGUAGCUCUAAACAACGUCCAGUUCCUCGUCCCCGUCGACGGAGGAGUAACCAAACUUCAAGCUGUGCUUCCUCCUGCUGUCUGGAAUGCUGAACAGCAAAGGAUAUUGUGGAAGAUCCCUGAUAUCUCCCAGAAGUCAGAAAAUGGAGGUGUGGGGUCGCUGCUGGCGCGGUUCCAGCUCUCGGAGGGGCCGAGCUCGCCGGCCCCGCUGGCCGUGCAGUUCACCAGCGAGGGCAGCACCCUGUCCAGCUGCGACAUCGAGCUGGUGGGCGCCGGCUACCGCUUCUCCCUCAUCAAGAAGAGGUUUGCGGCAGGUAAAUAUUUGGCGGAUAACUGA